AUGGACUGCCACGACUCUAACCCCCACUCUCUUGCGCUCUACAUGUCUACAAAGCUCAACGACCACGACAUCCUCUACAUCCACAUGAUCGAGCCGAGGAUGGCCAUCGUGGAUGGCCGGCGAGUGGUGCCGAAGCGGUUGCUGCCGUACAGAGAGGCGUUCAAAGGUACCUUCAUCGCCAAUGGUGGGUAUGACCGUGAGGAAGGGGGCAAGGUGGUCGUCGAGGGGUACACUGACCUAGUGGCCUUUGGGAGACUAUUCCUAGCGAACCCAGACCUGCCAAAGAGGUUUGAGGUUGGUGCGGAUCUGAACAAGUAUGAUAGGAUGACCUUCUACACCCGUGACCCCGUCAUUGGCUAUACCGACUACCCCUUCCUCCAAUGA